AUGACGGUGCUGAAUCUCGCGGGUAUCGAAUUUUCAAUAACGUUCAAAGACAUUAAUAAAUUCGAACGGUUGAACGCGGUGUCAAUCAAUGUAUACGGCAUCGAGAAUAAACAAGUCCUUCCUCUGCGGCUCACCAGUGACAAGAAGGACAAGCAUGUCAAUCUCCUCUACAUGCAAGAUUCACGCGACGACGGUGUUGGCCACUUUGCGUGGAUCAAGAACCUGUCGCGUCUCGUGAGAUCACAAAUUACCGGGAAUAAUAACAAGAAAUAUUUCUGCGACCGAUGCUUGCAUUAUUUCGACACGAAUGAGAAAUUGCAGUCGCACACAAUGGACUGCCAGAAGAUCAACGAUUGCGCUAUUCGACUGCCGAGCGCGGACGACAGAUGGCUCGAAUUUGGGAACCACUGCAACAAGGAGCGCGUCUCAUUCAUCAACAAUAAAUAA